UCCCUUGGCCGCCAUUUCAGGGCGCGGCCCCUUUAAGAGCGCCCCGCACGUGCGGCCCCGCGUGCUGCCGGCCCCGCCCCCCGGCCCCGCCCUCUCCUCAUUGGCCAGAACUGGGUCAGGCCCCGCCCUCCGCGCGCCUCCUUAUUGGCCCAAUGUAGGUCAGGCCACGCCUCCCCGCAUGGCUGCGCCGCCUGACCGCGGCCACGCCUCCUGCGCGCCCAUUGGCUGAGCUGGGCGCCAGGGGCGUGACCGCGCGGAGAGGGCGGAGCUUUUUCCUCUCCGUGCGAGGGCGUGGCUUUGAUCUCCGCGGGGGCGUGGCUUAGACCAGGUCCGACCAAUGGGAAGCGCGCAGCGUGCGCGGAGGGGGCGGGGUUUGUUUUUUACAGGGGCGUGGCUGGAACUGAGAACAGGCGUGGAUUGGCUGGCGGUCAGGAGGGGCGGGGCCGGCAGAGGCCACGCCCCCUCACGGGCGCAGCGCCCCCCGCGGGGCUCGGGCCGAGGAACCGGGACCGGACCGGGACCGAACCGGGAGGAACCGGGACAGAUGGAGGAGCCGGGCGCCUCCCGGGGGGGUUUCCUGGGGGUCGCGCCCCCCCCGCCGUGGGAGCGGCCCCCGGCCCCGCUGCCGGGGGGGGGUCCCGACCUGGAGUACGUGGACCUGGACGAGUUCCUGCGGGAGCACGGGCUGCCCCCCCCCAGCCCCCCGCCCCCCCCGGCCGCGCCGCGCAGCCCCCAGCCCGAGAGGGCGCCCGGUAAAUGGGGGGGGCAAUGGGGAUUGGGGGGGGCGGAGGCGGCGGGGGGCGGUCCCGGCGGGCCCGGGGGCGGUCCCGGCGGGCCCGGGGGGCCCGGGGGCGGUGCCGGUGCCGGGGGGGGCCCGCUGGACCCGCGGCGGCUCCGCUUCUCGCAGGAGGAGCUGCGGCCGCAGCCCAUGGCCCGCAAGGCCCGCAAGGUGCACGUGCCCGACGAGCAGAAGGACGAGAAGUACUGGAGCCGCCGCUCGCGGAACAACGCGGCCGCCAAGCGCUCGCGGGACGCGCGGCGCCUCAAGGAGAACCAGAUCUCGGUGCGGGCGGCGUUCCUGGAGCGCGAGAACGCCGCGCUGCGCCUCGAGGUGGCCGCGGCUCGACGGGAGCUGCAGCGCUUCAGGGCCAUCCUGCAGAGAUACGAGGCGCAGCACGGACAGAUCUGAGACGUCCCGGGGGGUUUGGGGGGUUUGGGAUCGUGCCGGAGCGGUUUGGGAUGGCCCCAGGUGACCCAGGACUGACCCAGGACAGCCCCAGCGAUUCCGCUCCAUCCUGCAGAGACACGAGGCGCAGCACGGACAGAUCUGAGGGGUUUGGGGGGUUUGGGGGGUUUGGGAUCG